AUGUUUGACCAAAGCAGCAAGUCCCGUAUUUCCCUUGGGCUGAAGGCUCUGGGAAUGAUUCUUGGCCAUGUGAAUCUUGGAAUCGCGGAACCUGCAUCCUGGAUAUCUUUCCAAUCUAGGCCUGACAUCCUCGCUCCUUCACUCAAUGUGAGCAUCAAUGAUGAUGGCUUAGUCACACCAGGUUAUAUAUUCAUGGCUCCGUACGAAACGGACAGACCGGGACCGUAUAUUUAUUCUACCGAUGGGGACCUUAUUUGGAGUGGAUCAGAUGGGUCGACCACCGAGCUUUUCCAUGAUCUCCAUGUCUGCAAUUAUGGAGGGUCUGAUCAUCUGUGCUUCUUCCAAGGAACUCAGAUCGAAGGCUAUGCGCGGGGCCGAAAUUUAAUACUUAACAAUAACUAUCAACCUACUACGGAAGUACAGAGCGGUCAGGGGCUCGAGAUAAGUGACAUGCAUGAGUUGGAAGUCCUGGACGGGGAACGUAUGUUGUUUACGAUCUACCAGCCACGGUUGUAUGAUCUAUCGGCAUACGGUAUGAAAACCCCAGGCUGGGUCAUGGAUGGCGUUUUUCAGGAAGUCGACAUUAAGAGUGGAAAGGUGCUUUUUGAGUGGGGAUCGCUUGGUCACGUUCCUCUUUCGGAGACCUACGUUCCUUUGGGGAUCAAUCCAGUCGUUGGCGAUGGAUUAAGCAAUUCUACCGCCUGGGAUUAUUUCCACAUCAAUUCUGUUGACAAAUUCUCUGACGGCGACUACCUUGUUUCCGCAAGACAUACUAGCUGCAUCUACAAACUUUCUGGUGAAGACGGGGCUGUAAUAUGGCGACUAGGUGGUGUCAACCCUACUUUUCACAUGACCGACUACAACUUUUCUUCGCAACAUGAUGCGCGCGUCCACGGGGAAAAUAACACGCAUACAGUGCUUUCGCUCUUCGAUAAUGGAAGUAACAACUACAGAAACACUUCACUCAUAUCGUCCGGUAUGAUCGUCGCGAUCGAUCACCAAACCAACACCUCGACACUCAUCACAAGGUUCCAGGCUCCAGGAGAGGGCCUACGCUCUACCAGCCAAGGAAACACCCAGAUACUGUCUAAUGGAAAUGCGUUUAUUGGAUGGGGAAGCAAUCGGUCUUUUUCAGAGCAUACUGCAGAUGGUACGCCAGUCUACUUUGCCACCUUGAUUGACAAUGAUUCGAUGAAUUAUCGCGCAUUCAAGUACAAUUGGACCGCGACACCAUCUGAUCCUCCAGCUCUCUCCGCACAAGCUCCCUCAUCAAAUGGUGCAACGACAUUCUGGGUUAGCUGGAAUGGAGCGACAGACAAUAGCCAUUGGAACUUCUACGGGUCCAGUUCUGCCUCCGACCCCUUUGUGCUGCUGGCUGGUGUAGGCAAGCAGGGAUUCCAGACUACCUACACAAGCCCCAAAUUCUAUCAUCGGGCAUUUGCGGAAGCGGUAGCAUCCGACGGCUCCAGUAUGAAGAAUUCGUCGGUAGUGAAUGUGUCAGUUCCAACAUGA